GUAGAUAUGCCUAUCUUUAUAAAGUAGAGCCAAUGCCGCGAAUCUCGCCAUGGCUCUUCCGCAAGGCCAAUCGCCACUCUCCCAAUGUCGCUGCAUUACUCCCAGCCUGUAGAGACCUUCCAUCUGCCAUCAAUGAGCUGCGAUGGCUCAAAGAGCAUGUCAACGGCACUGCACAUCUUGCCAAAGGGAGCCUGCUCGCACGGCUAUGCAAGAAGAGGGGGCAAGGCUACCCUUUGCAGUACAUCUUGGGAUCUCAACCAUUUGGGCCUCUCGAUAUUAAAUGUCGCUCUGGUGUUCUAAUCCCAAGACCUGAGACCGAAGCGUACACCUACCAUCUUGCUGACUUAAUCAAGUCUGGGAGCUUGAAGAUUGGUGGCUCCAAACACGACCUCAGUGUUGUCGACUUUUGCACAGGAACAGGAUGUAUACCUCUGCUUCUCUAUGCUUUGCUCUAUCAGAAAUUUGACCAUCUGAACGUCCUUGGAGUGGACAUCUCUACCCAAGCCAUAAAACUAGCUAGGGGCAAUAUCGACCAUAAUACAAGGCUUGGCAAUCUCCCAGACCUUCAGCUAAAUCAUGGCCUCGACAUCAUGCAGGAGGAUAUCUUCCACGAUGAAGUCAUUGAGAAGCUAAAAGGACGUAACUGGGACGUGAUGGUGUCCAACCCUCCCUACAUCUCCCGACGGGCGUGGAAUCAUGGCGGUGGCCAGGUUGGAUACUCGGUUCGCAAAUAUGAACCGAGCCUAGCUCUGGUCCCAAGAGACGAUGUUCCGAUUCCUGUUAAUUGGAACCAUGAGGAUAUCUUUUAUGCAAGACUAUUGAAGAUUGCACGCCACCUCAAACCGAGAGCCAUACUGUUAGAGAUUGGCGAUAAAGAGCAGGCCCGCCGUGUCAUAUCACAAUUUCUUCAAAACAAUCCUUCAGCCAACUCUGAGGUGCAAGUCUGGAGAGACUGGCCAGAUUUAGCUUCAGCUGGGGAUAAAGAUUGUCUGCUGGAAAUCCCAAUGCAGGACGGAUCCAGCCGAGCUAUCCCGAUACAAGGCGAUGGCAACAUACGAUCCAUUUUCAUCAAACUAGGUGCAUAAAUAUUACAUGUUUUCUCCCAGUUGGCCUUUUGUAUUUGGGCAUAGUGGAUAGAUAGAUACAGGUGAAAUCGCUAGAUCAAUAGUAAUCUACUGCCUUAGAUAGGUAUGGGAAGUUUUAGAGCACGGAGUUUUCGACGGGCGGAAUCCCGAUCCGCCGAGGGCC